ACAUGUAAUUGUUAUCAACAACAAGUUUAUUGUGAAGAUGGCGACGACCGGAGUUGGAUUUCGGUGGUUAGAUAUUUUAGAAAAGGAAUUUGACAAAGCAUGUGUCGAAGUAGAUGCUUCUUUGUCCGAGUUAGAUACAGAAGAUCCAGAAGUUGUAUUUGCGUCUCGUCAGAAGAUUGCAACUUUAAGUUCAUGCUUUGCACAGUUGACACACAAGGCUUUAACAAUAUUUCAAAACAGUGCGAAACUUGAGGCGGAGCUCGUGGAUAUGAGGGCAGAAUUGGUACAGGCUCGUGCGGCAGGGGGCUGUCAGGACGGCGGCGACACGUUGGGCAACGUUCCGGAGGCGGCGCGGGCGCGGGCCGAGGCGGCGCAGCUCGCGCGAGAAAACGCGGCGCUGCGGGAAACUGUACUCGCUUUACAUUCGGAACUAUUCGGAGCUCGACUCGCUACCAAGUACCUAGACAAAGAAUUAGCAGGAAGGAUACAGCAACUACAAUUACUUGGUAGCGACAUGCGUGCCGAGCUCAGAGAUUCUUUAUGGGCCCAGGUGGAGGCGGAGAUCCUGCUGCAGAGGCACAAGACGCUGGUGCGCGUGUGCCGCGGGCUGGCGCCGCGCGCGCCGCGCCCGCCGCCCGCGCACGCGCCGCCCGCGCCGCGCACCGUGCGCGUGCGCCGCUCGCCGCACCUCGGCCUCGGCAUCUCCGUCACGGGCGGGCGUGAACAUGGUGUCCCCAUCCUUAUCUCGGAGCUGGAGGCGGGCGGGCCGGCGGCGCUCACUGGCGAACUAUAUGUCGGCGAUGCCAUUUUGGCCAUCAACGAUCUCGACCUCACGCAGGCCUGCCAUAAAGAAGCGGUCCAAGCGUUGCAAAGCGUGAAAGGAGACUGUGCCCUUUGUGUUCAAUUCAUUGCUACCGACGACGACGACAGACUCUCUGAAGACAAUUAUAGGUUCCCACUGUACCCGGAGGACGAGUCGUUCGAGCCGGACGCGGCCGGAGCCACGCCCACCGCGCCGCGCACGCCCGACUACAACCACCGCCCGUACGGCCGGCAGCACGGCAGGUUCGGGGCGCGCGGCGACACCGCAGACGCGCCCGCGCACUACUCCGACUACAACAUCAACAGCCUCUCCAUACUCGACAUGGACGACGACUCGAUCAAGAUUGAAGCGCGACUUGAGACGGCGGGCGCGGCCGCGUCGCUGUCCACGUCGGCGCGCUCCACGCCCGUGCACACGCGCGCCGCUCUCAAGAAGAAGCGCAAGCCGCAGGACUGGAGGACGAAAGGCGCGUACUGUGCGGUGUCGGACGCGCAGUCGUCGGACGAGCCGCGCGACGCAGCCGAGACACCCAACCAUCGUCCCGACCACCGGGCUGUCGCGCCUGUUUCGGAGAAAGUACUGGAUCGCAGCGAUUCGCCAGUGUCGGGAUAUAAGCCUCCGUCUCCCGUGCACGAGGCGCCUCCAAGCGCACCAGUGGGUGACACCGAACUCCCGGACGCCACAUUACCGGCUGUGAUCGGCGAGACGGUCACCACUAACAGGGCGUCGGUGACAAAUGUCACAACUAACUCGAAACCGCUUCCAUCCCCCGACAUCAGGAACUCAGCCGACCCUCUUCCACCUCCGCUCGACAUACGUUCCAAAACUAGCAAAACCAAUGGCGACACUCGCGCGAGGAAAGAGACUAAGGGUUUCAGGAUAGGCUCGGCGCGCCGUGUGACGGAGAAUGGCCGGAACGGAGAGGCGGAGCGGCGGCCAGUGGCGCCGCGCUUGCUGCCCGGACGAGGCGACCCGGACUUUGGCACCCCUGUUUGAGCGCUCAUGCCUCGCCUCGCUUCGUCUCGCCUCGCCUCGCCUCGCCUCGACCCCUGGCAGCAUCGCAUUCCUUUGACCUCUUAAGUUGCUCGCCCUAUUGGUGACAGAAAACUUCGCUAGUAUUCCAUUCCUUUGCCGUAUUUUCACGUGCGAAUAGCACUGAGGAUACGAAGGUGUUCGCACAAAGUCGUUACAAUAGAUUAGGUAGAGGGCUAUGACAUUUUUUUUUAAUUUAAUUGUGGAAAUAGCGCUUCUUAUAAAUUGUAAUGUUUUUCAUGUGCUACACAUAAAUACAUCGAGUAGGAUCUCAGCACCGCGCGCAUUCUAUAGUAUGAUAAAACUUGGUUUUAUGUACUUGGUUAAGUUAGUGUUUAUAUUUCAUCCAAAUUCCAUUUAUGUUAUAUAGACAUAUUUUCCAAUUUUAUUAUUUUUAAUUUAUAUACUCGUAUUUAAUCAUUACGGCUUGUGAUUUAGAAAAAUAAAAUUAAUGUAUUAAAUGUAAAAAAAAAAAAACGAAAAUUCAACUAUUGUCGUUUAAAGCUUACAUAUUAUUGUAGGUUUUGAUUUUAUUUGUAUUUGUAAAUAUUCUUAAUAUUUUAAGGUUUUAAAAUCUCUUUUUUUAUUUUUAUUAUGUUACAAAAUGCUAUACAUGCUAGUUUAGGUAUAAUAAUAUAAUUAUGUCACAUACCCACAAUCCAAUCCUGGAUCCACGAUUUGUUCAAACCGUGACAGAAACUUGUCGAGUUACUCACGAAUAUAUAAUUGUAUACUCAUAUAUGUACAAAUAAACAUUUAUUUUUUGGUUUUCUGCGAUGGGGAUAAAGAGAACUCUAUAAUAAAUUUGCAUUGUUUGUUAUAUAUUGGUUAAUGACUUAUUGAUUUGUGUGACAAAAAUGUAAACAUGAGACUUAUAUUUAUUAUAGGAGACAGAUUGAGACACUA